CAUAGGGGUGCGGCCCUUCUGGCAUUUGCCCAAAUUCUAGAUGGCCAGUCCGUCACUGCUUGAAAGCUUGACCAGCCUCUAUGAAAAUGACAGGCCUUCGGAUGAUGUCUUCCAUCAUAUCACAAGAGCUGCAGUGAUCCAGAAAUAUACACUGAGGACAGCACACAGGGUGAUCAGAGAGAUGCUCCACCUGGACAUGUAUCACCUGUUUGUGCUGCUGCUGCUGCUGCUGCUGCUCAGCCCAGAACUCCGGGCUGAAGGAGAACACACCUCAACAGAGUCUGUCAGGUUGGUGGGAGGAGACAGUCACUGUGCAGGAACUCUGGAGGUGAAACAUAAUGGAGAAUGGAGACCAGUUGAUGGCUCUGCCUGGACCCUGAAGACAGCAGCUGCUGCCUGCAGAGAGUUGGACUGUGGCUCUGCUGUUUCUGUAGAAGAGAGAAAAGAGUCCUCAGUCAGAUCUAUGUGGUGGAUCAAGUCUGACUGUGUUCAGUUUGGAUCUGCUCUGAGGGAAUGUGCAUCAUCAUUGUCAUCAGAUUACACUUCCUCCAUCCUGUAUCUCACCUGUUCAGACUCUGUCAGGCUGGUGAAUGGGACCAGUCUGUGCUCAGGCAGACUGGAGGUGAAGACUAACCAGUCUACACAGCGCUGGUCCUCAGUGUGUGAAGAUGACUUUGACCAGCAGGAUGCAGAGGUGGUCUGUAGGGAGCUGGGCUGUGGAGUUCCUUCAGUCCUCCAGGGGGCGCUCUAUGGAGAAGUGGAGGCUCCAACGAGGACCAAAGAGUUCCAGUGUGGAGGAAAUGAGUCUGUUCUCCUGGACUGUAUGAGCUCAGGCUCAGAUAGAAACACCUGCUCAUCUGGAAAAGCUGUUGGACUCACCUGCUCAGAGCCUGUCAGGUUAGUGGGAGGAGCCAGUCGCUGUGCAGGAACACUGGAGGUGAAAUAUCUCAGAGAAUGGAGACCAGUGGAUCACUAUUUCUGGCCCCAGAAGGAAGCAGCUGCUGCCUGCAGAGAGUUGGACUGUGGCUCUGCGGUUUCUGUAGAAGAGAGAGAAGAGUCCUCAUACAGAUCUGCAUGGUGGAUCAGGUCUAACUGUGUUCAGUUUGGAUCUGCUUUGAGGGAGUGUGCAACAUCAUUAUCAUCUUCUUCCAUCCUGGAUCUCACCUGCUUAGAUUGCACGGCAAUGCACGGUAACAGACGUGACACAAACCUACACUGAAGGAAUGUAGCUCAGGUAGAGCUUUGUACAUUUUUCAACAAUUCUGGUUAAAAAACAGCCUCGUCAGCAAGCAACUAAAUUGUGUUAUUUACACUGGUUGCAUAAUGGGACAGCAACACGACUUCUCUUCUCAUCUCGCUGCAUCUUGUCACUACACAACCAGCUGGAAGGAAGCAGCCCAAGAAGAUCAGUUUUUGAGAGGCCACAGAUCAUUUGGGGAAAUUUCACAAGGUUUGUCAAGACAAUAUAAUUCUAUUUCAAAUAUAAAAUAUAUCUUUUAAAUGCAUGGCUUUUAUGGAGAUGUUUUAUUUGUGUUUCAGUCCUGCCACAGCCUUGAAGAUCACAUCUUGACCACUGAAGGAAACCCCCAGCCAUAUCUGCUGGCCACAGGGACUUCACUUUGUUUUCAGUGUGCUUUUACACAUUUUGCAGACUCCUCUGUACAAAUGAUAUAGGGACAUGUGUGAUUUAUAUUUUUAUGUUUGUUUAUAUGUGUCAGAGAGUAUUGUUUAAUUAGUAACAUUUUUGGCUUGAUGGAAUUAAUUUAAAUGUAUCAGCUAUUUAGCUUCCCUUGCAGCAGUAUAUUGAUAUUAGAUGUUAAAACGAAAGUUACGAAUAUAACUGUGGUUCUAUUUAAUCCUUACUGACUGCCAGAGGCAGUGCUUAAAACUGGAUGACUCAUAUCAACACGAGGAAGCCUGAGUACCCACUUGACAAGGAUGCAGCAGAGGACCUCGGCUGGAGAACCAUGCCCAACAGUAUAUUGAUAUUAGAUGUUAAAACUAUGACUUUUAUUGCAGAGGUUACCAGGUUUAGUAGUUUCAAACACAAAUGUUUAGAAAUGAAUGAAAAAAGCAAUUCUGUUGAAAGACUUUUGAAUAUCAACCUUUAACUUGUGUUAAUUGUCCAAUUGUAAAUUAUCUAAGUCAUACUAGUGACCCCAGUGAUCAGUUGAACAGUUACAGGAAGAUUGUGACAUGUUCUAAUAAUGCUAACAUAUUAUAAAUAAAUGUUACCACAAAACAAUUGAAUAAUGGUUUUAAAGCAUAUCCAAUUCUAAAAUAACAUCCUGGGAACAUUAAAAAAAUGUGCCACUGAAAACAUUUUAAGAAUGUUAGGGCUUAUUUUUCUAACAAUGAAAUAAAAUACUAAACAUUUUGAGAAAGUUA